GAAAAAAGUUAGUUCAAUACCGUUCCUUCUCUUCUUCUUCUUCUCCGCCGCGGUGUUCUUCCUCUUCUUCCUCCUCGCCGGAGAAAAAAAAUUGCGGUGGUUUUUAUCGGCCACAGGCAGCAAUGGCCGCUCGAGCUCGGUGGCGGAUCCUCGCACUGCGGCUCGCUCUGCUCCUGGCGGUCGGGUCGUCGCCUGGCCUCGUGUGGCGGGUGUCGGCGGCGGCGGCCAAGCCCCCCGUCCCCAAGGCCAUCUCGGACCUGCGGGAGGCGAUCGUGAAGGGGCUGGGGUUCCAGUCGGAGGAGCUCAAGGUGUCCGGGUUCGACGUGCGGGACGCGCUCGUGGGGCAGGCGGUGGUGUACGAGUUCGACAUCGAGGUUGGGAGGAAGGCCGUGCCGGUGCGCCUGCUCGAGGACGUCAACCGGUGGGACUUCGUCGACCUGCCCAUCUUCCGCUCCCAGGCCGACGCCGACGACACGGCGCUUGCCGAGAUCCGGCGUGGUAGGAGGGGGAAGGGAACCUUCGACCCAACCCUGCCGCCGUUCCAGCUCGCGGGGCCCAUGGAGCUCUGGAUACAGGACGGCGACGACGUUAGGCUCGCCUUGCCGCAUGAUGUGGAAGCAGGAACGCUGAAGAAAGUAGUGCUCUCCGAUGGCGCCGUGGUAACAGUGAAGGGUGCCAAGGCCGUGAGCCUUCGUCUGCCACUUGAACUACCGCUCCCUCUCAACCGCACCACCUACAAGGGCCGCCUGUCGAGCCUGCUGUCCAUCGCGCAGGCGCUGCGCGGCGCCGCCCGGUCAAACCGGAAGCCCCUGCUCUCCCUCCGCAUCGAGGGCCCGACGUCGCUCUCCUCGACUCCCUCCAUGUCUCCCAACGGCAGGCUCAAGCUCAGACGGCUGGCCCCGGGCCAGGUGGAGCUCUCGUCGCGGGCGAUCCCCGCCGUUACAGACGACGACGAGGAGGAGGCGUCGUCACGCGGCGGCGGGCUGUGGCCCGUCCUGUCGCUGAACGGGACGGACGGCAGCCUGCGGGGGGUCGAGGAGCUGCUGGCCUCGGUUCUUGGGAAGAAGGCGGCCGGCGAGGGCGAGAAGGGGACCUUCAGGCUGGUGCGAGCACGGGCCUCGGCGCAGACGUACGUCAAGAUGGGGUUCGCGGUGGAGAAGAGGAUCGCGGAUGGCGAGGUGAGCUGGUCUGGCUUCCCGGAGUGGAAGACGAAGCCCCAGAAGGUGAGGGCGCACUACGAGGUUCUCGCCCGCGUGGAGGGCGGCCAGGCGAUACCCGAAAGGAUCGCCCAGGUGCAGCCCUUUGAGGCCGACGAGGCCAUGGCCGAGAGCGUGCUCACCGGGAACGUUUCGAUGUCGAAGACGGAGGUGGUUCAUCCGCCGCCAGUUUACUUCAGUCUGUGAGCGGCAGGAAGCUCUCUCUUUUUUGUUUUAAGUGAGCUAAUCACGGUAGAUGGAGAUGACAAGCAGUAAAAGCUUCUUGUCUGCGAGUAAUAUUGACUGCAGUAGCAUGAAAAUUGUUGUACGUCAUACUGGCCACAUCUGUAAAUUACCAAACGGAAUAACGAGUCAUUACAAGGAAAAAAGAAGUUUGCAUCCGUAGGCGAUUGUACACCUUUUGAUAUGCCGACUGCCAAAUUUUCUCUUUUGAAUACAAUGUAGGAUUCCAUGGUCUCGUGU